GCCCAGCAAAUACGGCUGGCCAUUCUAUGAGGCUCUCUCUUCAGACCAUUGCGAGCCUUCUCUCAGUCAUCGUGAAGGACUUUCUCCAAUGAUCUUAUCACUCCAAUGCGCAGUUGUAUGCAAUCUGCAUAAACCUGCUUUGUUUCCCAUCGCGCCAUCAACUUAAUUUCACACACUCUGGAGCCUCUUCAACAUGGAGCAGCGCUCUGAGCCACCCAGUUUCGACCCCGCGAGGAGACAAUUCCUGAACUACACGACAAGAAGCUGUGCCUUAGAGGUGGUUGACCCAGGCGACCCUUCCGAUUCAUUACGUCCAACGACUCGUCCCUUUCUUCCACGGGACCUAGCCCAGGAAUACUUCGAGAAGAGAGGCUAUCGGGAGCUUCAUAACAUUAUUGACGGGCUGAAGCUGGUACCGUCAGCACGCGUGAAUCCUGGCCACAUAAUACCCAAAUAUACCGCCAUAUUUUGCACACUUCUCCACUCGGGAAGAGGCAGCUACAUCAAACACUUCACCCGCUUUGAGUCCCUGCAGGAUUCCAGGCUGCCGUUUCAUUUAAAUAAUCCUCCCGAAAACUGGCCUCCCACCCCUGAUGAUCCAAACUUCUUGAGCGACUUCUGCAAAGAACAGUGGAGAUUCUGCGCACCAACAUUGGAAGCACCAGUAUCGGACCUGUGCUUUGAAGAACAAAGAGUACUACCGAUAACUUACAAGCGGAAGUUGCGUGAUGGUGGAACCGCGAAGCUUUGGCUCAUCAACAUCCACCCGUCUUACAACAAGCUCAUCUCAGAGGACUACAAAACGAAAGUAGGAAAAGAAAACGCAAACACUUUCGUCCUCAAAGAAUACUCCACAGCAGAUGCGCAAAAGUAUUACUAUAACGAAGCUUCCGCCUUCGGUCAGAUUGGGAAACACCAACACAUAAUAAGCUAUUAUGGGAGCUUCACACGUGGUGGGACAUUCAAUGUGAUCUUGGAAUAUGCGGACAAGGGGACGUUGAAAGAAUUCUUUGAAAAGCAGCUGCCGCCUACUUCAGGGGAAGGGAUCAUACGAUUCUGGGAGGGGUUAUUUCAACUCAUAGAUGCGUUGUUGAAGAUACAUACAGUUGAUGCAGAUGAAACAGAACGUCCACAGAUCUUCCAAGGAUGGCACCAAGAUGUCAAGCCAGAAAACAUACUGGUCCUCAGCAAUGGCUCGGACAACCCUCAGGACUGGAACUUCAAGCUCGCAGACCUCGGAAUCAGCCAUUUCAAGAGAAAGAACUCGUUGAGAGAAGAAUCUACUGCUAGUGACUCGUAUGGGACCCAUACUUACGGCGCCCCUGAAACCUCUAGACCGGACGAAUACUUAGCAAGGCACAAACUGCGUGUGAAGCAAAACAUCGAUAUUUGGUCCUUGGGCUGCAUAUUUAGCGAAGCCGUCCGGUGGAUGGCGGAAAAGAAACUCGGAGUCAUCAAUUACCGGCGAGAGCGUAAGGUUGAACUUGCUCAAAUACAUUCUGGCGGAGAGGUUGACUGCUUCCAUAACGGAACUGAAGCCUUGGAAACUGUUCGCAGGUCGCACCAGACUGCAUUGAAUCGCAUUCGGACUCUCCAAAAGGCGGAUUUCAUCACCGAGAAAGUUGUUGAUAUGAUCGGAGAUAUGCUCGUCGAGACUAAGCACCGGCCAACUGCUGAAAAUCUUUGGCGCAAGCAACGAGGUAUUGUUGAUGCUGCGAAGAAGAAUCUGCGAGAGUCCUCAAAGCUACCGCAUCUGCUCGGUUCUGACUCGAACUUGAACGAGCGCAUCCAACCAAGAUCGGUGACGCAUCCCGUACCUAGCCCCUCGUCGAAUUCCGAGCCACGACUACCACCAGUUCUUCCACCCGAACAUUCCCCAACAUUCCUUAGGCAGGGGCUGUUCGUCCACGAAGGGCAGUCUGGCUAUCCCUCCGUAAACGAAUCGCUGGGGUACAACAUUCCUCGUCAUCACAGCCCUGAAAAUAUUGGAUGUGAGAGUCAGAGCCUGGAGACCACGCCAGUGCAGGGAAAGGCGAGUGUGGAAAUUUUUGGAGGAAAUUCGCCCUUGACGCCCCCUUUCAGCCCAAAGUCUCAUUAUCCACUUCAGAGUUCCUCAAAAGGCUCAAACGAAGAUCUAUUUACUAGUUCCAUGCAGCAGAAUGCCACUGCAUUACCUUAUAGAUCUGUUGAGCCACAUGGCGCCGCCCCUGAACUGUCAAACAGUAGUGCGUUCAACAUACCUGGUUCAGGUAUCAGCCCAAGAUACUCAGGAAGUCUUGGGCGCAAUCAUCAACACCGGGCACGCUACAGCCUCGGCUCGAACAUGAAUGGCAGCCCGGAAAGUCAAAGACCACUCACAACCAUCGCUUCAUACUCGGUAUCGUCGCUAGACUAUCCACAGCGGGAGACACCGCAUCAUUCGAGCAUGACUACUACCACUACAGAAGUCAGUGGCCAUCCAGGCGUAGAUGGUGCAACUUCCGUUCUGGUUCGCCCGAGUUCAACAGCACUGGAACAUGAAACUCUGCAACCACAGACUCCCAAUCAUCGUCCGGCUCUCCAACAUUCCACGUCCGAUUACUUGCACUUGACUGAGGUCUUGGACUCAAAACGAAGAUAUAAAUCAGGUGGUGCAAAGAAGUCGUGCCUCAACCAGCAGCGUCAAGACCGGCUCAAAGGCCGAGAUCAUGUAAGGACUUCCUCCACCUAUUAUACAAGGCGCUGACACUGAAGUCAGGUAUUCCUUAUCGACGACUCAUAUAGCAUGGUCCAGCAUUGUAAGUUUAGUUCGGCCAAUAAUUUCCUCAACAAAUUCUCAGGGUUUCCUGCAAAUAGCCCAUACCAUUUCUGAGCCAGUACGGGGAAUAACAACUGCUAAUAUUGUGUAUUUAGGGCCGAAUGUGGUGGACGUUGUUGAGGGCUUGUCAUUCAUCUUGAAGGAUCUUGAUAAGAAUGGGCUCGAUCUUCACUUCACCAUCUCAGAACGAACCGCGUUAGAGGAAAGGCACACCAAGGACUUAGUUCAAUUGGUGCAGAAUCAGAAACAGCGCAACUCAACUGCAACAACAGACAUCAACUUUUGUCUAACGAAGAUACUGGACAAGUACAAAGCCAAACUUGACAAAGAUAAAUGGUGGAACAAAAAGCCAAAGCCAUUGAGCCUGUAUAUUCUGACCAAUGCAGUAUGGGAGAAGGAAUGCAAGCCAGAAAUUCCAAUCAUGAAUGUGGUACGGAAACUUGAAGACCUCAGGAAGGACAGAGAGCAGAUCGGGAUACAAUUUAUAAGCUUUGGCAGCGAUCCAAUUGGUAUGGAACGUCUAAGGUACCUCGAUGAUGAUCUCACCAAAGUUCUCAACUUAGACCAGUAUGUAUCCGCCUCAUGAUAUAAUUCUCGAAACGAGAGCUAACGAUCGCUUGCAGUGACAUUGUCGAUACGACUCCAUGGAAUGAGAACGUCUAUAAAAUGCUCCUCGGCCACCUAAAUGAGAAUAUGGAUCACCAAUGACCAGCUACUUCCAGCUUUCGGUCAUCUCCAAGGUCAAAACAUCAUCUCGACGGCGCAUACGUGCUGAAGUUGCCGUCUACCUUCGGCACGAAAAGUAUUCCCUGACGACUUUCCUAUGUUGUCGACACAAAAGGCGUUGUAUAUACCCCAGGGCGUAAAAAAUGACGGGUAGCGACUUCAAUUGAAUUUCUCUUGGGCAAAACUAUUUUCGGACGCUUAACUCCAUUCCCUUGACAGAUGCCGCAACUUUUACAGUGUAUCUUGUCAUCUGCCUGAUUCUUCAACGGCAAAUUAGCAUGGCAUGCAGCAGAAAAGGGUGUCUGGAAAGGAUAGACGAGGUUUUGCAUAGCAUGUAAUUCUCAGAGAGGGUAAUGCGAAUUUGAGAUAAUGCAUCAAGGCUUCAAGAGCGAUCACUUGUAUCGUUAUGAGGGUGGUGAACCAACGACUAUAUAGCCAUCUUUCUGUAUUUAACGGCCUCUCAGCAUCAUGUUGUAUACAGACUAGAGAAAUGCAUACUCUGUACAGUCCUUCAAAACCCUGAGACAAAGCGGUUAUUCUGCGAUGCUGUCAGCAUGCACCCGGCACAUCCGGAUUGAGAACCCCCGCGAGGGCAUCCAAAUGAGUUUUGCAAAUAGACACAGCAGCAAAGGGGGUAACUACGCCACAGAUAGGAGCACGAAGAUAUCACUUGAAGUCCUGUGCAUGAGAGCUUGUAUAAUGUAGACGUGGAAGUAGAGCAGUGCAACGCAU